AUGGGUUUGAGUUUAAUUGAGUUACCCAUAUCCAUUAAGAACUCAAUAAUCAAAUAUCUACCGCAACAAGCACUUAUAAACUUAUCUUUGACAAACUUUGAAUUCUAUCAACCAUGUUUACAGCAAUUGUAUAAGAAUAUCACGAUCCAGUGCAACCCACCAUUAAGACCUAAUGAAAAAGAUCGGGAAAAGGAUUUCCAGGACUCUACAAGAACAGUCAUAUAUGGGUUCAGCAAUCCAGAUGGUAAGGUGGUGAGCAAAGAAUUGAAUUUGAAAAUGAUAUAUGCUAGGUUGGUUGUAUUACGACAAUCUUUGACCAUCAAUCAAGAAUUAAUCGGGUAUAUAAAACAGAUACAUAUAUUAGGGGAGAUGUCUGAUUUCAAUGAACUGAUUAUUGAAGAAUUGCAAAAUUUAGUCGACUUGCUUGACGACUUGGAUGUUUUUUAUAUUGGUGAUUACAAUAUCAGACAACAUGUUGAUUUGACACAGUUGAAACUCAGAUCCAUCGUUGUUGACAAGCUCCCAGUUACAUUUAGUAAUAAUAUCGAGGAGCUACUCAUUGGAGAAAACACCCACUUGAACAAUUUCCACCAAUUUGUCCCUAACCUAACAUCAUUGAUCUUGCCCAAUAAUACGGAAAAGUACUGGGCAUGGAUAAUUGAAAAUGUUUUCCCUCUCAACAACCAAGUCUUGCAAUUAACGAAAUUCAAACUUGUCUUUAGUUUAGAUAUGGCUUUGAAUUCCAAAUUGAUGCGAUUGAUAAACUGGAGGAAAAUCACUCAAUUGGAAUUGAUACUUGCAUAUACUCCUGGCAAUGAUGAUGAUGAUUAUGUGAUUGAUUGUUUUAAUAUGCUUCCUGCAACACCCAACCUUAAGAAGCUUUCUAUAGUUCAGGGGGAUACAUAUUCGACCCACCGAGAGAACGAAUUGUUUGAUUUGAACGUUUUCAAUUUCCUUACAAAUCUAUUAGCUAUAUGCGAUUUAAAAUACUUGUCUAUUAAACAUAAUAUCCCCAACAUUGGCAAUUUGGAAGAUGGGAGCGAAGGUAAUUACUAUCGUCGUUCGGAAAUGUUUAUGCAGACUUUACCGAAAAUUAUAAAUUCUCAUAAUAUAGUGCUCAUUCUCCCCAACUUGUUCCAAUCGUUUGCUGGUUAUGAACAAUAUAUGAACACAGUCUUGUUUAAUGGGUGCAAAUGCAAACAUUGCCAGAUUUACCUUGGCGAUUUGGAUGAGUUUAUGAUGUAUCAUAAGUACUAUGAUGCAUCUGCGAAUGCGAAACGAUACAAAGACAUGAAUGCUCUGCAUUUGUUGAGUGAAAUCGGUCAACAGUUGAAUUAUAGAAUGGUACAAGAUGAGCUAUUGACACAAUUGAACCAUUUGUCGUUCCCACUAGUUAAUGUUCUUUGGGAUUUUCAUACAAACACCAACAACAAAGUGUUCAAAUGCUAUGACAUACAAACCAUCGAUCAAGGAGAGUAUGAUGAGGUGGAUUAUGAACCCGAACCAAAUUCACCAAAAACCUGUCGAUUCAACAAGGUUAGAUAUCAAGGAAUUCCUAAAAGCGUGGGGCAUUAUGUAAAUCAAACAAUUGAGAAGAUUGUCAACUUGAAUCGUGGUAAUGCAGAGAGCGUGGAUAUCAGUAAUGUAUUAAAAGAUGGAGGCGAUUUAGGGUUCAAACUAAAUAUGAAAAAGUUGAUCAUUAAUGGAUUCAAUUAUAUUAUAGAUAGAGAAACCAACGGGACCCAUUUCUAUCAAAAUGUAUAUGACUAA